AUGCUUAUGGACACUUUCUUCAAAAGCUCUAGCAGCUCGACCUCAGGUAUUGUAGUCAAUGACGAGGCUCCUCUAGCCAGUUCCAGUAGUCCAUUAGAUGCAACUAAUAGUCCCAGCCCACAGAGCUCGUGGACUCCUGUCGCGGAUAGGGGAGGCAACAGCAGAACAGUCAGCAGUGGCGUGGAGGCUGGGGCUAUACCAAGCACUUCAUCUGGUUCAAUCUCGCCAACCUCCUUCUGGCCAACCCUCAUUCGCUCUCUUUUUCUUGGUGUUCAGUCUAGCAGCUCCACUGGUGGAGUUGUAACUCAGCCGAGUCUUCUAUCAAUCGGCCAAACUCCUCAUGGAGCUUACUCCAUGGACUCAUCUGCCAACUCAUCGGCUACUUCGCCUUCGUCGAUCCUAUCCUCUGGCACCCUUCGACUACCGCGACAGCGUCCUCGUACAGAUUGGGCUGACCUGAUACUUAUGACAGCACCUGGAGCAUCAAGUGCUGUUUCUAGUGUUUAUAUGGGUUCUGUGUCUCCUUUGGCGUCAUGCUCCGCUUAUUCACGAUCUCUUGGAAACAGCAAAGCGAUGCUAUUCGAUCACACUCCGUUGCCACCAAACUGGGGUGAGAAGUCACUAUUAUGCAAAAACAGCAGAUAG